AUGGGGCCAAUCCCCCCCUUCGGAUCAGCCGUGGAUGAUGAUGAUGAUGAUGAGGAUGACGAUGAUGCUGCUCAAGGAAAAAAAAACUCUUGCGAGGACAUGAAGGAAGAAGGAGGGGUGGGAACCUCCAAGAACCCCCCGGGAACCCCUUGGGGGACCUCUUGGGGACCCCCCCGGACACUCUUUGUCUUCAGACGGGUCUCAGGCUGGGCGUGUCCCCGUAUAGGCGGGCGGGCGGUGGGUCGCGCCCGGGCAGAUCUCGGCGGGGCCAUGAACGGGCUGAAGGGUUGGUGCGCGGUGCUGGACGUGCGGCCCCAAGGCGAGAGCCCGGAGAGCGUGAAGGUUCUGCGGCUGACGCUGCCCCAUGAGCUGCCGGGCGAGCGGCGCGAGCAGCCCAAGCAGAAGCCGGUGGGCAAAGCCUUUGCCAUGGUGGCCAACAGGUCCAGCAACGGGCACUCCCUGGCCUCGGAGUGCGUCAAGUCCAACGAGGGGGACGAGGAGAUCAUCAAGGUUUAUCUCAAGGCCCGAGGUGAGGGCGGCACAAACCACGAGGAGAAGGUGACGCAGCUCAAGAGCGAAGUCCGGCACAUCCAGGAGGCCAGAAGUGCUUUGAAGAAGCUGCGGGAGGACUUGAGUAAUAACCUGGAGAACAGACAAGGAGCUCAGGAGAUCCCACAGGUGGAGCUGGAGCAGCACAACGGGAGCUGGUCCUGCCCCGAGAGGCUCCAGGGGGAAUCCCUGGAGGAGCAGGAGGAGGAGAACUGCUCCAGCCAGGACGUGGAGACGCUCCAACAAACAGCCAGGAGGCUCCUCAGGAGGCUGCAGGAGGCCGAGAAGCGCCAUCAGUUGGAGAGGAAAGCCUUCGAGAGGACGGUGGCCCAGUACCAGGAGGAGGCGGAGCGGGCGAGCUCUGCCCUGCGGAGAGCGGAGAGGGACGCGGAGCAGAGGGAGCUGCGGGUGGACGAGCUCCAGAGGCUCCUGGCCGGGAUGGAAAAGGAGCGCCGGGGUCUGGUGGCCCAGCUGAGGGACGGGGAGGCCGAGCUGGAGCGGCUGCGGAGCGUGGAAGGGGACAAGCUGGCCCAGCAGGACCGGGUGGCCCAGCUGGAGAAGGAGGUGGCCACGCUGAGGGAGAAGAUCCAUCACCUGGAUGACAUGUUGAAGAGCCAACAGCGCAAAGUGCGGCAGAUGAUCGAGCAGCUCCAGAACUCCAAGACGGUGAUCCAGGCCAAGGAUUCCACGAUCCAGGAGCUGAAGGAGAGGGUUUCCUACCUGGAGGCCGAGAACCUGGAGAUGCACGACCGGAUCGAGCACCUGAUCGAGAAGCAGGUCAGCCGGGGCGGCCUCAGCUCCAGGGCCCGCUCCAAGUCGGAAUACGUGAGCAGCAAGAGGCUGACGGGCCCCAAGCCGCUGCCUCUGAUCCGAGUGGUGGAGACCUGAUUCCCGAGGGCCGGGCCGAGCUUGGACUCUUCCCCUUGGAAUGGUUGGGCUGUGGAAUUCCCUGCUUGGCUCCCGUGCUCCGGCCUCGGGGACCCUUCCCGGAGCCUCUCCCGGAGCUGCCGAGGGCGGGCGGAGCCCCCCAGGAAGGAGCUCCUGCCACGAG